UCGAGCGGUAUAAAUGCAGUGUCUUGGUGCAAGAUGAGCACCGACACCCGAUAUACUUUCCUUCGUUCAUCUUCCAUCGUAUGAACAUAGCCAUACUUAUGCUGCAGCAAGCCCUCAAAGUGUCCGGUCGCAGUGCGUCCCCGCUGAUCAAGUGGAUGGAGAAGUGGGCUGAGAGCGCAGCUGGCCUGAAGAAGAUCGAGGCGACGCACGGGAUGAAAACCCUAAAGGAGAUGCCGGGACCCACCGUCGCCAAAUUUGCCUGGGACCUCUUCGCCAAACGGGGACUGUCCCGCCUCCACGAGCUGCAGCUUGAGGGUGUGAAGCGCUACGGGCCAAUGUGGAAGGCCAGCUUCGGUCCCAUCCUGACGGUGCACGUGGCCGAACCAGCCCUAAUAGAGCAGGUGCUGAGGCAGGAGGGCCAGACCCCCAUCCGCUCUGACCUCUCCUCUUGGAAGGACUAUAGGAAACAACGAGGCCACGGCUACGGACUGCUCACAGCUGAGGGGGAGGAGUGGCAGGCGGUGCGGACUCUCCUGGGGAAGCACAUGCUACGUCCGAAGGCGGUGGAGGCCUACGAUGCGACUCUAAACGGCGUGGUAGAUGACCUCAUCACUAAGCUCCGCCUCCGCAGGCGCCAGGACCCCCGCGGCCUCGUCCCGGACAUCGGCAGCGAGUUCUACCGCUUCGGCCUCGAAGGGAUCUCCUCAAUCUUGUUCGAUUCCAGGAUUGGUUGUCUAGACCCUGUGGUUCCCAUGGAGACAGAACGUUUCAUUCAGUCCAUUAACACCAUGUUUGUCAUGACGCUCCUCACCAUGGCUAUGCCUGCCUGGUUACACCAGUUGUUCCCCAAGCCCUGGGACACUUUCUGCCAGUGCUGGGACUACAUGUUCCAAUUCGCUAAAGGUCACAUUGACCAGCGUCUGAUGGAGGAAGCGGAGAAGGUGGCGCGGGGAGAGGAGGUGGAGGGGCGAUAUCUGACUUACUUUCUGACCCGCACGGGGCUACCCAUGAAGACGGUGUACAGCAACGUCACUGAGCUGCUCCUGGCUGGGGUGGACACGAUUUCCAGCACCAUGUCCUGGUCCCUUUACGAGCUGUCUCGGCACACUGAGGUUCAGGCCUCGCUGCGGGAGGAGGUAUUGACUGUGAUGGGGGGUCGGAGGGUGCCUGGGGCUGCAGACGUGGCUCGCAUGCCCCUCAUGAAGGCUGUGGUCAAGGAAGUUCUCAGACUUUAUCCUGUUAUUCCGGCCAAUGCCAGGGUCAUCGCAGACAAAGACAUCCAGGUCGGAGGCUACCUCCUCCCCAAAAACACUCUGAUCACCCUCUGCCACUUUGCCACAUCCCGGAAUGCAUCAUUUUUCCCGAACCCAAAUGCCUUCCAGCCCCUUCGCUGGCUGAACCGGGACGAAGGCCACCACCCCUAUGCCUCGGUGCCCUUUGGUGUGGGCAAACGCAGCUGCAUCGGCCGCCGCAUCGCAGAACUGGAGGUCUACCUGGCACUUGCACGAAUUCUGAUGCAGUUUGAUGUAAAGCCCGAUCCAGAAGGCAGUGGUGCAGCAGUCAAACCCAUGACCCGGACACUGCUGGUGCCAGAGAGUGAGAUCAACCUGCAGUUUAUUGAAAGAUGAGUCGAUGACCUGCUGAACACUAGCUAUGUGUAUUUGACUGUGACUGACAAUCCAUAGCUCUCAGAGUGAGACAGUUGGGAGCACUGGGAAAAGCAUUGCGAAAGAGGGCCCGACUGAAUUUGUAGGCCUAAACCCAUAGACCAGGCCCUCAGCCCCUCAGAUCCCAAGUUCAGUUGGUUUGGGCUGGCCUGGGUCUGAGUUGAUACAGCAGCUGAAUGAGGGGCUGAUAGGUCUUUGUUAAUUGAAAACCUUUCGCUCUGUAUAUGAACAGUAGUAGUUUCAUUUCCAGUGAACUGAAACUCACUUCCCACACAUUUUUUGCACAAGGAGGCUUGGAGAUGGUGAAAGGAGGGUACGGCAAUAUUUCAAGUGCAUUAGAGCCUAUCUUGAAACUUCUCUCCAUGCAGAGUGAAAUGCAUAGAACUUGAAACUUUUGACUGAAACUUGAAAAGUGCAUCAGGAGAUAUUAUGUGACAUAGUACUAUAAAGCUGCAAUCAGCAGUAGAAACUAUAACAAACUGUGCCCCUCCCCUAUUUUGGUAAAAAGCUGAGGGAUGGGUCUGGAGAAAUGUAACCACUUAAAAAUUAAUAGACAAAGCUAUGGAUGAUAGGACUGACCAUCCAUGAUAUCAAAAUUAUAGUUUUGAGGCCAUGUAGUGUUUAUUUACAUUUACUUUGUUUCCAAACAUUGGAGUAAAACAAGCUUGUAUUUUGGGUUCUGAUGGGAUACGACAGUUGAACUAAGAUCAUGAAGCAUUUAUAAGUUGCAUUAUUCAAGAAUCAAUGGGUACAUAACAUUAAUUGAUAAGUAAAAAAUUGCUGAUUUUCCCCUUUAAUGACAAGUGAUUUUCCUUCUCAAUAUCAGGUUGAUCCCUCUUUUCACCUCUUAAAGAUGCAUUAUAAAGGUUUUGUAUAAUUUCAGCCAGUAGUUUUGAAAGUAGCACUUAAAGCCACAACGUGCCCUGAAAAUUGUGCACAAUUGUGUACAACGUCAUCCAUUUCGUAUGAAAUGUUACGUCCUGCAGUAUAUACAGUGCCUUGCGAAAGUAUUCGGCCCCCUUGAACUUUGCGACCUUUUGCCACAUUUCAG